GUAUUUGGGGGAAAGCCCGGAGAAGAAUCGGAUCGGGUUGAGUCGAAGUAGUUUCCUUUCCUUUCCUUCCUAAAACCCUAGAACAGAACAGAGUUAGACCAGAACGGAAAGAGAAGUGAGAGAAAUGUAUUGUUCCAAUCUUCUUCGCCGAGCCACUGCUCCUUCUUCGUCUUUCUUUGCAUCCAAACCCAUUUCACUUCUUCCAUUCUAUGCUGCUAGAUUUUCCCACCUCACUGCUCCCACAUCACUCUCUCCAGGUUGUGUUGAGAGUAUUCAUGGUGGUUCCCAUUCUUCUGAAAAUUUUGCAAGAGGGGGAUUGUCAGGAACUUCAGGGCUGAAUUUUGGUUUGAGGAACAUAAAAGAAAAUGUCUCUGUCUCUCCUCCAUUUGCUUUAAUCUUUCGGAGUUAUAUACAUUCUUCCAGUCAGAAAGAUUUUGAGACCCAGAGGAAUUCUAGGUCUAUGAACUUUGUUAGGGGAAUUAUUGAAGAAGAUGGUAGGGACAUCAUGGGGACUUCUCAAUUUCCUCGAUAUAAUGUUGAGCAAAAUGCUGAUAUUGUUCACAUAAAGAUGCUGCGUAACAACACAUUUGUUACAGUGACAGAUUCUAAAGGGAACACAAAAUGUAGGGCCUCGGUAGGAUGUGUGCCAGAAAUGAAAGGUGGGGCAAAAAUGUCUCGAUAUGCUGCUGAGGCAACUGCUGAACAUGUGGGACGCAUGUCACGAAAUUUGGGGUUGAAGUCAGUUGUGAUGAAGGUGAGGGGAUUUACUUAUUUUAAAAAGAAGAGGCAGGCAAUCAUGAGCUGGAGAGAGGGCUUCACCAACUCUCGAGGGGAUCGGAAUCCAGUUGUAUACAUUGAAGAUACAACACGACGUCCCCAUAAUGGCUGCCGGCUCCCGAAAAAACGUCGUAUUUAAAUAGUAGCAAUUUGGGUGGUGGAUGAUAACAGAGCGUAGGAUGAGGAAUUGUCCAGUUGCAGCUCAACUUCAUGGUGCUAAUAAAAUUAUGCAAGAAGUCUUGGAUGUACUUUUGUUUGAUGAUUGGCCCCAUUAUGAUAUUAGGUGCAAAAUUGAUGAAGGGUAUCUUAGACUAUUAGUCAUUUAUCUUGCUUAUUAAGAUCAUGUGAAUGAGAAUUUUCUGACUAUAUUAGUGCUGGAGGAUUGUUGUUCAUUAUAGAUAAUGUUUGGAGCUUCAUUUGGAGCAUCUCUGGCUGACUCCUGUGUAUUGAAAUGUUGAACAAGAACUCGUAGCACAUUUUAUUA